AUGUGGAAGGUGGAGCGAGGAGCUGCACGUGACGGUGCGUAUGUCUCAACGAGUUCAGCCCCUCAGUCCACGACAUCCGCCCCGUGCCUCCUCAAAUACUUGCAUCUCUCGCUAUCAUCUGCGUCCCGUCUCGAAGCCAUCGUCGUGGCAUUCACCUCUAGCACGGUGCCCGCCCACUCAUACCGCGGCCAAUACGUCUUCGCCACACCACUAAACGACUCCUCGUUGACAUCCAAGUGCACUGCGAACGAGAUAAACCAAUCUCUCGUAAUCCUCGCCAACGUCUCAUUAGCCAAAGGUCUUUGUGCUCCCGCUGAAUUCUCUCCAAAGAGGAACGGCACAGUCGCAGCAUGCUUCUGGCUGCCAGCGUUGAAGACCUGCUUCCACGCCGGAACACCCGCUUUCGUGAAGGAUUCUGCCAGCUGCCGGGUCCCGCAGUUGACAAAAGCGUCUGCGAAGAUUGCCGAUGUGCUGGCGAAAGCGGAUGGGUAG